AUGAACUCUGCCAGAGUCUCGGCAACUGUUGCCAGCACAAGAGAGCGCCCUCUUCCGCCGCUUCCCAUAGAGGAACUGGAAGUUUCUGCUGCCGUGGACAUUCCAGAUAACACAGCGAGGUCACUAAGCAACCGAGAAGACCGAGAACACGGAGGAAGUAAGGAGGAAAUAUCCAGCCAUGCUGCAGGAAAUUCCAUUGUUAAGUCUCGGGCAAAUUCUGCCUCGGCGGCUGGAAGUGGAACGUCGACGGCUGCAGCUGCUUCUCUGGAUGAAGGAUCAUUUCAGCCUGCCAGUUCUCAAAAUCAGAGAAGCUCUGGCGGUAACUCAGUGACAGAAUCAAAUGUACCCAUAGGAGCUGCAAGUAACCCACCGGCCUACCAGGCUCAAGAGGACAGUCACUCCCAAGCCACAACACCGAUUAGAGAUGUAGAUAUCGAGACUAGGCCCCAUGGAGGUUCUUCUGGAUCGGACUCGCCUGGAGAUACGCCUUUGCUAUCUCGUACAUCUAUUCGUUACCGAAGGAGACCGCGGCUUGCCGGGCGAGCAAAUAGUACCGAGCAGUCGCAAGUCCUUGUACCUAGAUGGCAGCCAGAUGCUGAAGUAACGCUGUGCCCUAUUUGCAGAACACAGUUUAGCUUCUUUGUGAGGAAACAUCAUUGCAGGAAAUGUGGUCGAGUGGUUUGUGGGAGCUGUUCGCCGCAUCGAAUCACGAUUCCACACCAAUUCAUUGUGCAACCUCCGUCAGAAGCGACAUCUCCUACAAAAUAUCCCCGACCGGCACUCGAUGCUGGCCGCGUUGGAAGCUUUACCGCCGUUGAGAACCUCGGGGGAGGAGAGCGUGUACGGCUCUGCAAUCCAUGUGUACCGGAUCCGAACGUGGCUCCCCCUCAAGUUGCGGACAACCGACGACGGCCCUCGCAUCAAGGCCAUAGUCAUUCUGAGGGCAACACCGCAACUUCCACAAAUUCACCGUCGAUACAAUCAACUCAGAUUCCAACGCUUCCGUCUACUUUUCCCAGAAGACCACGACAGCCAAGUAACUCGAGUCUUUUCGAUCAAAGCCACUCGGGAACAGGCGGCGGCUCCAGACAGCCACGAGCUCCACUCCCACGCCCAACGCCCGAGGCUCGCCCCCCUCUCAAUGAAGAAGACGAAUGCUGGGUCUGUCACAAAGAGCUUCCCUCCAAGUCACUCCCGAACUGGGAAACUGCUCGCCAAAACCACGUCAUGAACUGCGUCCUCGAAGCUUCGACCAAUACCAGUACUCAGCCAUACCCUGCCGCCUCCAGCUCACGCACACCACCCGUUCAAAUACCAACAGCCAACACACCCGAAGGCCGUAUGGUAGCCCGUGAAAGCGCCCAUGCGGCAGUUAUCCAAGCCGCUCAGUCCUCACACACGCCCCCGAUGAGGAGAAGUGGAUGCUUUCCCUACGUCGCAAGCGAGAAAGAUUGCGUGGACGACGCCGAGUGCACGAUCUGCAUGGAGGAGUACCAAGUCGGCGAUAAGAUGGGAAGACUAGAGUGUUUCUGCCGCUUCCACUUGCAUUGUAUCCGCGACUGGUUUGUGCAUCAUCCCGGGCAGUGCCCGGUGCAUCAGCACGGAGCGGGAUACUAA